UCCCCCACUCGUCCGUGCGAGACUGCGUGCCACUCGGCCCAAUCCCCUCCGUCCCCUGUCUCCCUCCCGGCCGCACCCGAACCCACCCGCCGCCACACGUCCCGCCGUCGCCGCGAUGGACGCCGCGGAGGCGUCGGAGCUGCAGGCGCGGCUGGCCGCGGCCGUGCACGCGCUCAACCACGACGCGAGCCCCUCCGCGCGCCUCGCCGCAAACCAGUGGCUCCUCGCGCUGCAGCGGUCCCCGCAGGCGUGGGCAGUCGCUACCUCCCUCCUGGCCGCCCCGGACCCGCCCCCGCCCGCCGACCUCCUCUUCUUCGCCGCGCAGAUGCUCCGCCGGAAGAUCCAGUCCCCCGGCUCCGCUUUCCCCGCGCUCGGCCUGGCGCCGCAGCUCCUCGACGCGCUGCUCCUGGCAGCGCGGCGGUUCUGCGCCGCCCCGGCCCCGCGCCAGCUGCUCACGCAGAUCUGCCUGGCGCUCGCCGCGCUCGCGCUCCGCGCCGAGGGCGGCGUCGACGGCCUCUUCGCGCGGAUGCCGCACCUGCCGCCCCCAGCCGUGCUGGAGCUGCUCACCGUGCUCCCCGAGGAGGCUGCGCAGGACCAGGGCGGCGACACGGGGGUCGACGCCGCCGCGCGGUGCCGGUUCACGCGCGAGCUGCUCGCGCACGCGCCCGCCGUGCUCGAGUUCCUCCACGGGCAAUCCGAGAAGGCACCCACCGAUGACGAUGGGGUUCCCCUCCACGAGCGCAACCGCAGAAUCCUCCGGUGCCUACUGAGCUGGGUCCGCGUGGGGUGCUUCUUGGAGACGCCGGCAGCUGCGCUUGCCACGCACCCACUUCUCACUUUUGCGUUCAACUCGCUGCAGGUGUCCUUCUCGUUUGAGGUGGCCAUAGAGGUUAUGAUUGAGCUUGUCAGCCAGCACCAAGAAAUACCUGAGGCCUUUCUGAGUAAGACACCUUAUAUAAGGGAAGUUCUUCUUCUACCAGCUUUAGCCAACCGAAGUGAGAAGAUCAUUGCUGGUCUUGCCUGUUUGAUGUGUGAAGUUGGCCAGGCGGCACCUGCUUUGGUUGCAGAAGGGGGUGGCCAAGCACUUGCUCUCACUGAUGGACUUUUGAGAUGUGUAGCUUUUACUAGUGAAGAUUGGGAAAUUGCAGAGUCAACCUUGCAAUUUUGGUGCAGUUUGGCACAUUUUAUUCUUGGUAUUGAUGUGAAGACAGCCAAAAGAAAUGUGGUACGAGAGUUGUUUGUGCCUGUGUUUUCUUCACUGCUGGAUGCUCUUUUAUUUCGUGCUCAGAUGGACACUGAUUCUGAUGGAGCACCUUGUAUACCUGAGGGACUAACACAGUUCAGGAUGAAUUUGGAGGAGCUCCUCAUCGAUAUUUGUUUGCUUCUAGGUGCCCCUGCAUAUAUAAACAAGCUCUUUUCUGGUGGAUGGGACUUCUCAAGCCAAACAAUUCCUUGGAAGGAGGUAGAAGUUAGAAUGUAUGCACUCAGCAUGGUUGCUGAUACGAUUUUACAAGAUGAAAGCUCCUUCGAUUUUUCAAUCAUAAUGCAUUUUGUAAACAUUUUGUCCAGCAGAACACCUGUUGAACUGAAUGGAAGUUUGUUUUUGGUAUAUAAAUCGUUUGGUGAUGUCAUUGGUUCGUACUCAAAGUGGCUAUCGUCUUCUCAAAGUAACAUUAAGCCCUUACUCCUGUUUUGUGCGUCAGGAAUUUCAAAAUCUAUAUCAUCAAAUGCUUGCUCGUUAGCCUUGCGCAAACUUUGUGAGGAUGCUCCUUCAUUCAUCCAUGAACCUCAGAACCUUGAAAUUCUUUUCUGGAUUAGUGAGGGCAUGAAUAAAGGGAACCUGCAGCUAGAGGAUGAAGAAGAGAUAAUUAGUGCAAUCACACAUGCUUUAAGUUCUGUUAGUGAAAAAGAGUUGAAGAAAAGUUCACUGGCCAGGUUACUUUGUUCCAGUUACUCAGCAGUGGAAAAGAUUAUUGACAUAGACAGAGAUCAAUCGCUAAGGCAAAAUCCAGCUGCUUAUACACAAUCGUUGGAUCUUGCUGUCCGUGGUCUUUACAGGAUGAGUGCUUUGUUUCAUCAUUUGGCUACAUCAGUCACAUCUGGUCUGGUUGAUGAUGAUAUAAUUAUAGUUCUUCUUGGAAUACUUUGGCCACUUCUUGAAAAGCUUUUCCGAUCAUCUCAUAUGGAGAAUGUGAACUUAUCUGCAGCUGUAUGUCGUUCUCUUUCUUCUGCUAUGCAUUCUUGCGGACACCACUUUCAUAUUUUAUUACCUAAAGUUAUGGAGUGCUUAUCUGCAAAUUUCUUGCUGUUUCAAAGGCAUGACUGCUUCUUGAGGACAGCUGCCAAUGUUAUUGAAGAGUUUGGCCACAAAGAAGAAUAUGGGGCUUUAUGUGUUAGGACUUUUGAAACACUUAGCUCUGCAUCUUCAAUAUCAGCUCUGAAUUCUUCUUAUACCUGUGAUCAAGAACCGGACCUAGUUGAAGCAUAUACCUACUUUACAUCUAUGUUUAUUCGCUGCUGUCAAAAGGAAGCUAUUGUGGCAUCUAGCUCCCUGCUUGAGUUAUCAUUUCAAAAGGCAGCUAUAUGCUCUACAGCAAUGCACCGAGGAGCUGCACUUGCAGCAAUGUCAUAUAUGUCGUAUGGAUUUGGAGUGAAAACUCAUGUCAGCAAAAUGUUAGCUCAUAAAGGUUUUCUUGAGUCUGUCCUUGCUGCUGUGCUAGAAUCUCCUGAGUGCAUCCCUAAUGGGUCACCUGGUGUGGCCUUAAUCCAAAUAUUGGCACGCUGUGGUGAAGGUUUAUUAUCUAAUGUGCUUUAUGCUCUACUUGGUGUAUCAGCAUUGUCAAGGGUGCAUAAAUCUGCCACAAUAUUGCAACAACUGGCGGCAUUGUGCAGUUUCUGUGAGGCAACGGCAUGGAAGGCUGUUCUUAGUUGGAAUUCUCUUUGUGGGUGGCUACAAUCGACGGUGAAAUCUUUGCCUUCGGAGUAUCUAAAGCAAGGGGAAGCUGAAAUGAUAGUUCCAUUGUGGCUCAAGGUGCUUCAGGAUGCAGGCUCAGACUAUCUUUACAGCAGGACUGGUGAUAAUAUAAGAAGCCAUCAAGGUUACAUGCAAGGGAAGGGUGGCAGAACUCUUAAACGCAUAAUUAGAGAUUUUGCAGAAAGCCACCGGAAUGUUCCAAUUCCCAGUACUUCAUGAUAUGGAUCCCCAGUGCUGACAGUAGCUUGGAGUCUGACUCUAGAGAAGGGUCCUUGUGGAACUGAUGUCCGUCUUUGCUGGCAUGCUACAUGUUGAUCCUGUGGUUCCAUCUAUUGUUUGGCAAGAGGAGGCUAUUUGCUUGUUCCGAACACCUGGUUCUGACUCGGAGAGUCUUCUUUGUAUAGCAAGGUAGUCACACCAUUGUUCUGCUGACUACUUAGAGUUGAAUGUUGUGGAGCCACAUGGGCCUACAAGACUGGUGGUCAUUUCCAAAGUUGGAAGGCAUGUCAUGGUUCGAGAUCCAAUGUUUUUGAUGGAAACAUGGAUGCAUGAUGAGACAUACUGUGAAAAUCAUUGCGCUGGUAAGCUAUGAAGACAAAAUGUGGGAGACGAACGCAUAGUUGUACAUACCAUUCUUUGGUGGUUAGGGCAGGCGAUGUACAAAACAUUCAUAUGCAGUGUUACUGCUCGAAUUUUGAGUUAAACAUGGGCAGUAAUGCUUGGCAUUUAAUUAAACCUCCAUCAUGUCAGUUUAACCUUUGAACAAGUGUACAUAAUCAAAUAUAUUAUCCAAUGAUCAUAAUUUUAUGAGAUGGCUC